GAGUCGCUCAAUACAUGCUAUGAAGUCACACCGUGUUUUAUUAUUUAAAUACCGAGUUAUCCAGAAAUCUCUCAGUGGCGACGAGGAUAGCAACGAACUCUUGGAAAAGUAUUUGUAAACGACAAGUAUUUAAUUAAAAUGUCGAUUGGAAGAAUUCCUGAGUUUGACCUACGUAAGGACGAUUGGAGGUCAUACGUCGACCGCCUCGAACAAUAUUUUGUCGUCAACAAAAUUUCGGAGGAUUUACAAGUUCCGACGUUAAUUACCGUGAUGGGAGCCGAGUGUUACGAACUGUUAGUGAAUUUAUAUACUCCAACCAAACCAAAAGAUAAAUCUUUUUUGGAAAUCACAAACAUUCUAGAAAAACAUCUCCAACCAAAACCAAGUACCCUCGCAGAAAGAUAUAAAUUCCGGCAUAGGAAACAAAAAAGUUGUGAAACAAUAGCGGAGUAUGCAGCAAUAUUGAAGAGAAUGUCGAAAUCUUGUGAAUUUGGUCAAUGGUUGGAAGAAAGUUUAAGAGAUCAGCUGGUGUGCGGUAUUCUAAGUGAAACUAUAAGGCAACGACUAUUCGCAGAAGGCACGUUGGAAUAUGGGAAAGCGUAUAGCUUGGCAGUGAACAUGGAGGCGGCGGAGAAGGAUGCAGCGGCUGUGGAAGGAUACGGGCAAGGUGAAUCGUCGGGCAGCUCGAGCACGGCUGAGUGCCAGGCGAUGGCAGCGACUCGACGUGGCAACGGACGCGGUCGGCCAGGGAGGACGGCACCUACGGCAUCGAGGUGGCAGCGGCAGCAAGGAAAAGCAGCGGACGGACCACAACAAUGUGCUGCGUGCGGUGGACCCCAUGGCGGCACGAAGUGUCGGUUCGCGGCAUAUGUGUGCAGAGUAUGUAAUCGUAAGGGGCAUCUACGUCGGAUGUGCCCAAACCUGACGACGUACCAUCACGUAGACAUCGGAACACCUAAAGUGGUCGAAUCGGACGAGACGGACAGUGACGAGAUUCAGUGAAGUAUUUGCGGAUGGGCUUGGACGGUUCAGCGGCGGGCGGGUUAGCAUCCACCUGCGGCAGGGGGCGCGGCCGGUGUUCAUGCGCGCGCGUCCUCUGGCGUAUGCGCUGCGGGAACCGGUGGAGCGAGCGCUCGAGCAGCUGGUGCGAGACGGCGUCCUCACGCCGGUGGAGCGCUCCGACUGGGCCACACCCAUUGUACCCGUUCUCAAAAAGGAUGGUAAUAUUAGAAUAUGCGCUGAUUAUAAAUUAACACUGAAUAAAGUGCUAGAAGUCGACCGUUAUCCCUUGCCACGCAUAGAUGAUUUGUUAUCGCGUUUACAUGGCGGUGAACGUUUCAGUAAGAUUGAUUUAUCUCAGGCGUACGCUCAGUUUGAGCUUGACGAAUCAAAAAAGUAUACGGUUAUCAAUACACAUAAGGGUUUAUACAUGUACAAUCGACUAGUUUACGGCUUGUCGUCGAGUCCAGGAAUUUUUCAAAAACACUUAGAAGAAUUAUUGACAGGGUUACCGAACGUGGGUGUAUUUUUAGAUGACGUAAUUAUAACGGGUCCUGAUAGUCGUAGUCACAUAAAAAAUUUAUAUAAAGUGUUCGAGCGAUUGCAGUCUCACGGGUUGCGCGUUAAGAAAGAAAAAUGUGUAUUUUUCGCAGAAUCUAUUAACUACUUAGGGCACGCCAUUAGUAAAGAGGGUGUUCACACGUGUCCGGAAAAAGUCCGGGCAAUUGUAAACACGCCUGUACCCACCAAUAUUUCAGAACUGCGAUCUUUCAUCGGGCUAGUAAUGUAUUAUGGUAAAUUCGUACGAAAUGUUAGUUCAUUGCUGGCCCCGUUAUAUCGUUUGCUAAAAACCGGGGUUCGAUUCCUGUGGAGUACUGAGUGUCAAUUGGCAUUCAAUGAAGUAAAAAAAAUAUUAAGUUCGAGCGAAGUGCUUGCCCAUUAUACGUUAGACUUACCCGUGGUACUGACGGCGGACGCCAGCGGGGUCGGAGUCGGCGCCGUGAUAUCGCAUAUCACUGAGGAGGGAGAGCGGCCGAUCGCAUAUGCGUCGCGUACUCUCAGCGCGGCCGAGCGGGCCUAUGCGCAGAUAGAUCGAGAGGCCUUAGCAAUAAUAUUCGGUAUUAAAAAGUUUCAUCAGUACUUAUAUGGUAGAAAAUUCGUUUUAAGGACUGAUCACAAACCCUUGACGUAUAUUUUCGGCAGUAAAGUGGGCAUUCCAGUUAUGGCCGCUUCGAGAUUACAGCGUUGGGCAGUAUUAUUGUCGGGAUACAAUUAUGACAUAGAAUAUGUAAGUUCACACAAAAAUUGUGCAGAUGCGUUAUCUCGUUUGCCGCAACCGGUACAUAAACGGCUUCCGAAGUCGGAGGGAAUGAAUUACAUUAAUUUCGUAGAAAAUUUUCUCCCGGUCACAAAUGAUGACGUCAGAACGGCAACAGCAAGCGAUCCGGAAUUAAGUAGAAUUUUAACCUAUGUUCAGUCCGGAUGGCCCGCGUCCUGCCCAAAAGAAGUGUUGCAGCAAUAUUAUAUUAAACGUAAUGAACUAUACAUAGAUAGGGGCUGUAUUAUGUGGGGUUACCGCUUGGUGAUACCGCGCACUUUAAGAAAAAAAAUACUUAUGCAAUUACAUACUGGUCACAUGGGCAUUGUUAAAACUAAGUCCAUAGCUCGAAGUUACGUAUGGUGGCCUAAUAUAGAUACAGACGUCGAAUCCGAAUGCCGAGCAUGUGAGACGUGCGCGGUGGAGUCACAAGCACCCCCGCGCACCCCACCGCAGCCUUGGCCGUACCAUUUGCAGCCAUGGAGCAGACUCCAUAUAGAUUUUUUAGGCCCUUUUAACGGAAAAAAAUUUCUUAUUUUAAUAGACUCCAGUACGAAAUGGCUAGAAGUGUUUGAAAUGCCAAAAACAAAUGCUACAGCGGUUAUUAAGGUAUUACGGUGUACGUUCGCAAGAUUCGGCUUACCACUAGAGCUAGUAUCGGAUCAAGGGCCACCCUUCACUAGCGCGGAAUUUAAGGAGUUUUUAACACGAAAUGGUAUUCAGCAACGUUUCUCGCCUGCUUAUCACCCGUCUUCGAAUGGCGCCGCGGAAAAUGCUGUAAAUAUUUGUAAAAAAGCAAUAAAAAAAGCACAUAGGGAAUCAAUCGAUGUUGACGCCGCGUUGCAAACAUUUUUACUUACUUAUCGUAACAGUAUACACAGCAGCACAGGUGAAAGCCCUUCAAUGCUGUUACAAAAACGAACGUUACGAUCACGGCUAGACUUAUUACGAAGCGAUCGCGCGCUCAUAAAUAAGGUAAAUCAGGCUCAAAGUAAGCAAGUGGAGUACACGGGUGGGGUGCAGCGCUCGUUUGCACCGGGGGAACCUGUGUGGGUGCGAGAGUACGGCCACAAGGAUAGGUGGGUGAAGGGAACGAUAGUUCAUGGCGAAGGUUCGAGGAGAUAUUCUGUGGACAAGGGGGACAGUCGACAAGUAGUUAAGCACGUUGAUCAAAUCAAGCGCAGAUCAGGGUUGUACGACAUACCAUUCCCUGAGGAGCAAAGCGAGUCAAUGAGGGUACAAAUACCUGAUAGUAGUGGCUCGGCGAGAGACGGAAUGUCGAAGGAGGACGACGGCCCGGACACAUCUCUGACUACGGUUGUGGGUGAUUCGGGAAAGGAGAGGAAACGGGUUUCGAGUGAACGCAUUAAAAGUCCUGGAAUCGAAUAUAGUACACCGCCAACGUCACCUAGUGCACCGUCGCCUGAACCGCCUCGAGCCCGAUCCGGGCGAGUUCGUAAACCUGUUGUUAGGUUUCAAGUUUAGCUUAGUUUAUUAGUUUAUUAGAUGUAGUAACUAAGUUUAGUUUAGUUUAUUAGAUUUAUAGAUAAUGUAUUAUAUAGUUAAGGUAUUAUUAUAAGUAAAUUUGUGAUUACAUAAUUUAUGUACCUUACUUAAUAAUAUCUGAUAAUACCAUAUAUUAAGAAGGGAGGUGUGAUAUAUGUAGGUAUAAAUUAAUAUUGUAUUAUGUAGGUAGGCGCCACCGCGCGUCUUCUUGAGUGAGUCGCUCAAUACAUGCUAUGAAGUC